AUGAGCACCGUUAUUUCCCAGUACUUACACAAACAUAAGAGUCAGGCUUCAGCCCGCUGCAUUUACUACCAAGAGCUGGGUAUCUUUCUUAGAAGAACCCUUGAGCCCAUCCAAACGCCCCAGAAGUUGACCAUUGCUCGUCGUCACCGGUUCAACGCACUUGUCAAGAAGAUUAACAGGGCAACUGCUGACGCGGUCAACGACAUCUCCAAAGAUAACGAUGUCAAGUAUAAGAUCGGCUUUGCGGACUGGAACCCUUGGGUCACUGACGCCAGUAUUGAUGGGCAGAUGUGCUCUCCCUCUGCUAAUAGAGACUACCCCAGCAAGGACCAGCCUCAGAUGCAAUUCAUCAAACCCCCCACAAACCCUACACCUGGAGAGCGCGAAGAUCUCAAAAAGCGAGGAGUCGAUGGAUUGGAUUACUACGAUUACAGUCAGGGCGAGCUGAAGAGGAAGCGCGCAGCGGAGAGCAUUUGGGGUUCCAAGUUCUUCAACAGCGCUAACCCACCAGAGCUUGUACGCAGAGUUCUUGGUCGUCGUGCCCCUAAACCUCCAGGAUGUCCCUCCGACGAAUCGAGAGAUUGGACAAUGGGUCUUGGCCUUCCCAACGACAUCGCGGAGAACUUUCAUCCGAAUGAGAAUGGGCAUCUCACGAUGGCCAGCUUCGCGAUGGCUGAGGCGAUGGACCUUCGAUCAUUGGUGCUCGGUAUAGAUCCCCUUUCAUGCGAGGUCAAGGACCAGUUCAAAUGCUGGUCGGAUGACAACUGGAAGAUCUACGACAGCGCUGAUCGGCUUGAUAAGCACUAUGAGGAUUUCUGCAAGAACAUUGAGCAGCCUGAUCAUGAGAAGGGAUGGGACUACUACAAGGUCUAUGACGAAGACACACCUGAUGAGCAUGAGUUCAGGAUCUCGCUUAGCGAGGAUGUCGCAGACCGUGACGUGAACCAGUGCAUUGACUCCUUCAAGAAGCUGAUCCACAACUGCGACACCAAUCGCCGGCUGAACUGGAAGACCGGAGGUAAAUACGUCCGUGACGAUGGAGCCUACACAUACGAAGUCAGCCCAACACGCUACAUCAGGCCCUGGCCACCACCAGAGUAUGCCCAGGGAACUUGCAAAGGAUGGUACCACUUUUCCCAUAGUUCGUAUACAACAGAAGGCGGCGGGUUCUCAACGUGGGACUUUGGUCAGAAAACGAUGAGGCCAAGCAUGAAUGGAUGCUAUGGGCUUGGAACUUUGAGUACUACGAUGAACCGACUGAGGAGGGGUAUGAGUGGAAACUUACGUUUAACACGCCUGUUUUUGUGA